AAAUGCUGGGAUCUAAAGCCGGAAAAUAGUCCUACUGCUAAGGAAAUUUGGGAAUAUCUUCAUAAAUACAUAUCUUCUAAAAUACUUGAAUUAGCAGAAUCAAAAUGCCAAGAGUUUACUUUGAUAGGUGGUGAUGAUGGUAAUAGCAAUAAUAAAGAGGAUAAAUUAGAAAAAUUUUUAAAUUACAAAUCUUAA